AUGACUUCACGCGAAAAAUUUUAUGAGUGUUUUUAUAAAAUAGUUAAUGAAAAAAAUAAUAAUUCAGUUUAUUUAUCGGCAGUUAAGUAUAACGAAAUAGUUUCGGAAAUUAAAAAUGUGAGAUCAAGUGGAAUAAAAAGUAACAAGGCAUAUCGAAUUUUGAAAAGAUACGACCUCAUUACUAUUGGAGAAGAAGAUAAAUUAAUAUUGCCGUUGUUGGAAGGUAAUACAAACAUUUUGUACUAUAUUACUAAUGAAAAUAUCUAUGAUGUGCUACACGAUGUACAUUUGAGUAUUGGGCAUGGUGGAAAACACCGCAUGAAUGCUGAAGUUAAAAAAAAGUAUAAAAAUAUAACACAAGAAGCGGUGUCUAUUUACUUAAAGUUUUGCGAAUCGUGUCAAUCUAAACAAAAAUCUAAAAACAAGGGUCUAGUGAUUAAACCAAUGGUGUUUUCGGAAAUGAAUAGUAGGUGCCAAGUGGACCUGAUUGAUAUGCAGUCGCAGGGGGAUGGAGAAUUCCGGUUUAUUAUGGUAUAUCAGGAUCACCUUACUAAAUUCGUUCAACUAAGACCCUUAAAAACAAAGAGAGCAGAAGAAGUCGCAAAACACCUUAUCGACAUAUUUUGUAUUUUCGGAGCUCCGAUGAUAUUACAAUCUGACAAUGGCCACGAGUUUGUGAAUAAAAUAAUAGAAGACUUAAAAGAAAUGUGGGACACACUGAAAAUCGUUCACGGAAAGCCACGCCACAGUCAGUCACAAGGAAGUGUCGAGAGAGCAAACCAAGACAUACAAAAUAUGUUGAUAACAUGGAUGAAAACAAAUAACUGUAAAACAUGGUCAGAGGGACUUCGAUUUGUACAGCUAAUGAAAAAUAGGGCCUAUCACGAUGGCAUUAAAAGAUCUCCAUACAUGGCCAUGUUUGGUACUGAUGUGAAAAUUGGUUUGUCAUCAUCUUUACUACCAGCUGAAACAGUGGAAAAAUUAACCACUGAACAAGAAUUGGAAGAAAUAUUGCAAAGUGUCGUGUCAAACUAUGAACAAAGAGAAAAUCAUAGUGUUUCCGAUAAAGAGGACAGUACUGUAUCUAAUUGCUGUGAAUCGUGUGGCUGUACUCUUGGUAAUGAACAAACAUCUAUUUGUGGUUUAUGUGAUAAAAAAAACACCAUAGAAAAUGAGAGAAGCAAUUCAAAAUUAUCGCUUGAGCAACAAGCAAAAAAAAUGAAGUUCAGAUCCAUCAACAAAUUCCCACCAUGCAAUGUUGGCGACACAGUUAGAGUCAAACUACCAGAAGUAGACAGAAGUAAGGGUGAUCCACAGAAUGUACUCUUUGCGGUUGUGUCUAUAAGUGAUAAUCAAUAUUACGAACUCGGUAAUAAAAAUGGCACUCUUCAUCAACUUUAUUCCAGAAAUCAAUUCACUGUAUGCUCUGAACCAUUAAUAGAUAUUUUAGAAGUUUUAGCCACAAAAAAAUCUUUGCGUGAAAUAGCUAAUGAACAAUCUUUUUCCGGUGGUCAAGGUUUUAAGAAGUGUUUAUGUAAAACUAAAUGUUUAACAAAUAAAUGUAAAUGCAAAUCCGGGGGAAUACUUUGUAAUUCUAAAUGUCAUCCAAACUCAAAUUGUUCUAAUAAAUAA